GUACUCAAGUGUCCCUACGUAAAGCGUCAAAACUGUUGCUUCUUUCGAAUUCCGUCGGAUUGUGUUCCAAAGCAUUGCUUCAACUAUGUAAUUCAACAUUGUCCGGAUCGAAAAUCAUUAAUGUUUAAGCGGUUUAUGCGCAAACCAAGAGGUGACAUUCGUCGGGCCCCAAAUAUUUUUUUACGAAGCGAUGAACUGCCGAAAUGUGGAAUAGAAGAAAUGGAAUAUCGGCCAUGUAUUAGUAAAGCGAUUGCUAAUAAGCUAUUCAAUUCAUGCUGUCAACUUUAUGUACCACAAGAAUGCCAGUUCAUGUGUAUAUACGAAACUAAUCAAACGCUAGCCAGGAAGAUGCUUAUCACUAUGAUAACUGAGAAGAAAUGCAGUAUGAAGUAUUUAUCAACAAUACUUUAUUGUGCAUCACAAAAUCGUGAUAAUCGAAAAUGCUGCACAUAUUUAGGCUUAAAUGCUCCUCACUUACAGGUUGGAAGUCGUUGUCUACGGAUGUGCGAUCCAUCUGGAACAGCAAUUGAACGGUUAGAAAAGGAGGAUGCAACUUGUUUAUAUAACUGGAACGUAAUUAUGUACUGCCAUCAAAGUGGUAUGCGAGAAAUGUAG